AUGGUCGGGAAUGAGCAGAUUCUAUAUGAUCGAAUCGUUAUCCCACAAGAAUGGGAGAGCGAGACCACUGAGCGAAAAAUUGAACCCGACAAAACGGUCCUGAUAUCUGUCGCAGGAACUCUAGCGCGAAUCUUCUCUAAUUUCAACAUCUUCAGCACGUCUGAUACUCUAACACUCCCAUCAACGCUAGUUAAAUUCAUCUCUUCCUGUAACCCAUGGCAAGUCUCUCGCUCUCCAUGUGGCGAAUUCCUCCUUAUCAUCCAACGAACCCAUCUCGAGCUUCGAUCAUCCGCUGACGAUUUUGAAUCAUGUCGACGUUGCCAAAUUCCAAAGGACAAAAACCCAGAGUGGCGGAAAGUCUUUUGGUCCGGCCGAGCUUGGAACAAGGGCCAAGGCGCAUUUGCGCUGACUCAUUCUUCCGGGAAGAUCUUUCUCUUCUCCCACGAUCUUGUCAUUGAAGGACGACUAGAUAAACCGACGAUGAACACGACUGCGGUGUUGAGCGAUUCGCUGGCUGGGGUUUUCUUUCCAGAAAUUUAUCCUGGAAGAGUUUUCGCGGUUUAUCGAAAUAGCGAAUUCGUUGUUUUUGAGAUGGAUAAAAAAGGAAGAUCCAGUAUUGUGACCGAGGGGAGUUUAGAUCAGACAUUUGGCGUUGAACAUGCUAUCUGGUCUGACGAGCAUCAACUCCUCAUCACCGUCGGAGGAUCAAACGAAAGACAAGAUAAGUUCUCUGGAACUGUGGCUUGGAGAAUCGUUGACGAUGAGACUUACGGAAUUAAUUUUUCCCGAGCAGCGCCGAUUGUUGAAGGCUCAAAAUUUUUGACAAAAGUCGGGGGAACUCUCAGGAGUUUCUUGGGCGCAGCCGAUAUCCCUUGCUCGUAUAAUGUGUCCAUAUCUCCGGAUCACUCAAAGGUGAUCGUCACAUCACUCGCAGGAGAGAUUCUUCUCUUCUCUCUUCCCAAUCUUUCACCAAUUGGAAGCUGGAAGGUCGACGAAUUUCCUUUUGCAAAAGAACUUCACCCCGAUCGAGCAUGCUCUGUCCUUCUUGAUAAUGAAGUUCCCAGCGCACUCCAAACCAUUCCGACGUCUAUCACGUGGUGGGAUGAUGAGCAUGUUAUUUUGUCGAGGAUCUGCGGGACUAUUUCGAUCCACUCGUUGGUUGACGAUCUCGGGCUUGUUUCAGAAGUAGAGUGGGCCAGUCCAUGGGCGUCCCUGUCUGAUGCCAAAGGAGGAUCUGUUCUUGGACUGGAGUGCUCGAUAAAUGUGGAAAAUAAUUCAAAAAAACAUCCGUCCGUUGGAUCAUCUUUGCUGAAUCUUACAAAGAGCUUCUUGUUCUAUUUGACUGAUUUGGAAGCGUUUCAGGACGACAACUCUAGCUAUGACAUGGUAACCCGUGAAUAUUCCCUCUUUCGAGUCGAUCGAACAACUCCUCAACAAAUGUACAAUCGACUAAUUGACGUAAAUGACUUCCAAACAGCCCUGGCCGUGGCUGAUCAGUUCGAUCUGGACCCUGAUCUUGUUUUUCAAAAACGCUGGGAGACGUCUGACCAUGGACCUCAAGCAAUUGAAGAUUUCCUGAGUAGAAUUCGUUGCCGAAAAUACAUUCUCAGCCAGAUCUACUCCAAAAUCCCAGCGAGUCCUGCUUCAAUCAUCAGUUUGCUCGAAUAUGGUCUCAGAGGAACUGAUAUCGAUGUUCUGGAAAAACUCGGAAACGAAGAAAGCGAUGAAUUUUUUCCUUGGAUUCCGGAAACAAAUAUCGACUACACGGAAGAUGAUUCCGUCGAAGAUCUCGAUUACAGACGAAGAGUUCUCUCAAAAUUCGACUUUUCAAAGCUCAACAAAGAGCAAGUUUCCCUGCUGAAAGAAAGAAUGACGAUUCAGCGUUACCUUUCCCGCUUGCGAACCUUUGAAGAUCUCAACCCUCGGUCACCGGAUGGACCUUUCUUAUCAGAACAAUACAGACGAUUUCGCGAUGUAGAUUUAAUCGAGUACGCGUCACUGUGUUCAAGAAAGGGCGACGCGCGCAGCUUAGAAAUCCUCUUUCGACAUCAUAAUGAGCUUGUUCCACAUCGCUUGGCACUUCUUUCGUCGUUUCCUGAAAGUUUGAGUCUUGAUACGUAUAAGCAUCUUUUACCGAAGAUCAACCCAGCAACUUCUCAGCCGAUUCCUAUCAAGCAUUCUGAAGCUGUUUCUUUCAAUUGGUGUAAUUCUGAGCUUUUGACGCGAUAUUUUGAAAAGCCCAAAUCUGGUGAUUUUCUUUAUGAUCAAUUUUUCCCAUCUCUCAAACCAACAGAAGAACUAACAACAGAAGAAAUCGCUGAUUGGUAUUGCUCCAGGGCUGAAGAGAUCGAAGCAAGAACUGGUAUCAUUGAGCUUUCCCUUGAAAUGCUCAACAUCGCUGCUGAAAAUUCUAUCCCAAGAUGUUUUCUGGAUAACAAACUUGCUUCUUACAAGCUUGAUUUCAAAGAUCUAGCAGAGUUUGUCUAUGUUUGGGAGAUUCACCACGACGUCUCUCUUGCCAGCUUCAAGACUUUAUCCACAAGAGCGAAAAUCAACAUAAUUCUCAGUCGAAUCAAUGACCACGAAACUGAUAAGGGUCUCUCGCUAAUAAAAGCAUUAAUGGACGAUGAAGAAAUAAAAGAAUCAGGCUCAAGAAUGACGAUUUUGAAGGAAAUAAUCGAAAAUGACGGUCUUUGGUUCACCGAACUUGUUUUGGAAAAGAAAUUUUUGACAGUACAAGACGAAGUUUUCGAGCUUAUCAUCUUCUUAGCCUUUAUGGAUUCGCGGCAGAUCUCACAGAAAUUAGAAAUGAUCCUUAAUCAUGUUCCAGAAGAGCUAACGAAGAACCAAGAGUUCCAAAUUGCCGAGAUUCGUGGCAUUUUAGAGUGUCAAAAGAUCAUCUCAAAAUGGGGCGGAGCUGAUUAUACAUUGUACGAUUUGUCCGAACGCUCAAAGAGUACAUCAAACAGCGUUGUCGAAAAUCUCUUCAACCUUCUUGUGAAUAAAACCCGUAACAACAGAGAACCAGAAAGCAUCGAUCAAAGGGUCUGGAUUGAACUCUUUGAAGAUAUUCUUUCUUUGAGGAGCAAGCUUUUCCAGCGUCUUUCGAUCAAAUCUACGAUCCAGACAUUUGUUCAUCACUUGCUCACCUUUGCUGGGAAAGAUAACCGAUACAUCGGGUUCGUUGAACCGUUUUUAUGCCAAACAAAAUCAUUUGAAAAAGAUCUCGUCAUCGAGGACGACUAUCUUUUAUCUGAAGAGUAUCCAAAGAUAUACAUCUUGUGUUUUGAGGACUCUGCUGAGACAGUCAUUCAAGCUGCAGAUGAUUAUCUUGUGAGUGCAUCGGACGUCAAUGAUCCUUACAUUCUCACUUCUCUUCGGAUUCUUAAUCUCAUUGACGUCGAGGAAGAAUCUGGCAUUUUUGAUCGAGUCUCUUCAAAUGUCGCUGGUCUUCAGAUCCUUCAAUUCCUUUCCAAGAAAGGUACCAGGCUUCUACCUCACGUGAUCAUCAACGAUGCCCGCAAAAAUCCGCGAAAGCUCAUGAGCGCGAUUUCUACUGAAUCUCCUUGGAGUCCCAACGAUGCUACGCUUUUCAUUUCACUUCUGUCGAAUAUUUCAAAAGAUCACAAAAAUAUUGAAGAAGAACUAUUCGUUCUAUCAGCACAAGAAUCGCUCAAGAAUCAGUUUUGGGAUUUCCUGGAAGAAUUUGCAUUUGAAAUCGCGAAUGGAAGAAUUGAGAGCUACGCCGCGGCUGAUUUCUGCUUUGAAGUCGGUAAAAACGCACAUAGAUGCGUCAAGCAUCGAAAUGAAAUAUUAAUGCACGCGCUCAACUUCUGUGACGACAGCAAAAUUGAAGAGAUCCUGGAUUUAAUCGACCAGGAGGUUGAUGACGAGUUGUUUACGUCUGCCGUGGAUGUGUUCCAGUCUUUGAUUCCUUCCGCCGCUUUGAAUACGAUUUCCAACACGGUAAUCGGCGUCAAGCGUUUAGAGAAGGAGCUAUUCCUUGAAGCAAUCAAAGACCUCUCAGAUCCCGCUAAAUUUUCAAUCGCUCUUUGUUGUUACUCAGCUUCCGCGUUAGAAGAAGUUCCUGAUUCCGAGGAAACGCUCCAGUUGAAAGCGUAUUUCGCAGCUGAAAGCGAUCCCAAGUCAACCGAGUCGGUCUCAGAUGUUAUUCUCCGCUCCCCGGAAAACGAUGAAUACAAAGCGCUUGCAAAAUUCAUCCAGGGCGACUCAUUAUCCUAUUAUGGCGUGGAUGCAGAGCAAUUUGCCGCUGAUCCGGAAUACCGUAGAGAUACGAUUUUGGGGCUCGCUGAAACUGAAGAUCCCGACCAAUACAAGUUCGCGAUGGAUUUGGCUUCGGAAAAUGAUGUAGACACUUUUGAUAUGGCGAUGAGUUUCUUAGAGAAUGCGCUGAUCAAUGGAGAAGUAUCAGAAAUAAACAUGCAGAAAUACGCUGAAAUGGCGAAGGAUAAGCGAUUCAAAGAACGACUUGAGGGAUAUUGCUGGAAAAAUAUUAAAGGAAGUGACCACGGUCGACUAGAAACCUAUUUUGAUCUUCGGAAGCUGUAUUCAUCCGACACUCUCAAAGAAGAAGAAUUAUUCUACGCUCUUCAAUCAGUUUGCUUAGAAAGAUUCGAUCUGAAGAAAAUACUCAAUAGUGGAAUCGAUUCAAUCGUCGAAACAUUCAAAACAGUGGAGGGAGAACCUCCUUCGCUCUUCAUAGAAGUCGAUCAAAUUUUGAAACAUUUUGAGAUCUCGAGUGAUAAGAUCUUCGCGAGGAGAAUGUUAAAGAAAUACAUUCAAGAAGGAUUUAUCGCUGAAGAUUUGUUGGAACUCAGAAAUUAUUUGGGAGACGAUGAAUAUGUAGUCAGAUGUUUCAUGGAAGUAGUCAGCAACAAUCUCAAAACUGAAGAUUUGGAAAAUGAGAUGUUUUUCGCAAAAGACUUCAUUAUGAAUCUUUUAUUGGAAGAUGAGUGGAUACGAGAAAGAAGUGAGAAGCUAAAAACACUCCUCAACACUCCCAGUGAUUAUGACGUGUCGGAUUUAAUUAAACCGUAUCUUGAUGGAUCUGACGUAACUGAUGUUCUACUCUCAAAAUUCAACUGGCAGAAAGAUUAUCUCGAGCUCACAUCCCAUUUCAGCUGUGACGUUGAAAAUAUUGUUGGUAACCUUGUAAAAACGUCACUACACGGCCCAGUAGAGCUUGAAGAACUCGCGCAUAUUCUCAGGUCUGACGAAGCACUUUUCACGACCUCCGUUUGCCGUAAAUUUUCUGAAAAAGCUCCGAAGAUCGAACUCUUCUUGUCCGCCUGCUCCAAACUUCAACAUCUUUUUUCGUCCCUUUCCGACCCCGAGUCCCUUCUACUCUCGUACAUUGAUGAAUUUGAAUCGUGCCCAUCGUCAAAUGAAAUAAUUAUCUCCAAAAAUAUCCAACAAGCAGAAGAGAUCAAGUCCCUCGUCAAUGACGAUAACUCGGAUCGAUUUGGUUGUGUAGUCGCACGAUGUUCCUUCUUUAUCCGCUUCCAUGAGUAUUUAUUGACAGUCAAUUUGGAAGACUCCUCGAAUACUAUUGGGGAAAAUAUCAAUCAAAAACUGGCAUUUGUUUAUGACAAAAUUGAUGGUUAUAAAUAUGACGAGCUGAAUAAAUACCUGUCUUUUAAACUAGAGUCAGUACCUUCUGAAGCGGAGCGAAUCUCGAAGAAUAAAGCUCUGGUGGAAAGCCUCAAAGAUCUAGAUGAAAUUGUAGAUGCAAAAAAGCUCAUCGAAGGAGAAGGCAUCUCUAAUCUGGUGGAUCUAACCUUGUCCUCGGUUUACAUCAUUGAUGACUCUGUUGAAGUUCUUGAUUUGUACUCUCCUGAUCAUUUUGUGAAACAAUGGGCGCAAGAAAAAGGAACGACCAUUUCGCCGGGUGAUAUCAAAAGGCUGGUUGAGCACUUGGAUCAGGAAACUAGAAUCGAUAUCGCAAAAGAUCUCGCCGUGAAAAGCGAAGUAGACAUUGACUCAGCAGACAGCAUCAAGAAGCACAUUUUUACGCUAAAAAUCUGUUAUCAUUUGUCCGAAGACACCGAGAGUGCUCAAGAUUUCAGAGCUCAAGGAAAGAAUCUAUCACUUUUCCUGCAAGAGCCCCUCUGUUACUACCAUUUGCAAGCAAAAAAGACGAUUUAUGCCACCAUCGAUUGUGAAGAAAAGCUUUUGGCCGCUCUCCGAAGUCUCAAAGACUCUGAAAAAUGGCUCGAUUUACUCAAUCAACUAUCGUCUUUCAUCUCGGAAGUGAGCUUGGCGACUCUCGUACGGCCAGAAAUAGCCUCUUCAUUAUCUUCAAAGGGAGAUUUUUUCCAUCAACUUUCUGCUUUCAAAGAAGCUGGCUUCAGCAAGUCUGAAGUUUCUUCUUGGAUUGCCUCGACCUUUGAAAAUGAUACACCGGCAGUGGAAGUUUUUAUAUCAGCCUGCGUAGGAAUACCAGAACUACUUCAAAUGGUUCCGGAAAAGCGUAAAAAUCAGCUGAUAGAUGGCUUCACGGAUAAUCUUGUUCAGCGUGAAAUCAAGGAUGAGAUUACAUUUCAUCGUGACCUGGCUCUCGCGAAAUCUUUGCUGGAACAAAUUUGUCCUGCUAAGAAAGAGCUUCAAAAACUCGUGUUUAUCAUGGAUCUGCUGUCGACUAUUCUUGCCGAUGACGACAACGCCCAUAUUUCUGAAGUAAAUUCUUUAAAAACAAGCUUCAUCGAUGGUCAGCCAAGUCUUGAAAAUAUUGCGAAACUGGCAAAAUUCUGUAGUGCGUCUCAAUGGAUUGAGUUUGUGAAAGAAGUAAUUUCUGAGAACGAAGAUCUUUCUUUGAAAAUUAUUAUUCAUUACGUCGUGAAGGUGAACAUUGAAAAUUUACAGGAACUUAGUAAACUCCUCGAUGGUUUAUCGCUUAUCAACUCAUCUUUUGAAGAAGACAAAAAGAUGAAAGAAUUGAUCAACACUGGUCUCGCCCGUUCUAUCGAGAUCAAGACCUACGAGCUUGAUAUUUACUUGUUCGUUCUUCAGAAGUUCCCUAUAGCACUUGAAUGCGUUGAAGAUUACUCAGUUUACGAUACCAUGAUUUCGAUGAUUCAAAAUCCACCUGACUUGACUUCGAACUCAACGACGCAAGCGCUGGAAAAUCUUCAAAAGCUGAAGAAAGUCUUAAAACGCGCUGGCAGACCACUCGAUAUUGUUUCCAAGUGGAUAAAUAUUUUCCGCCUUUUAUCAUCUGAUCCAAUGCAAGACUUGCUCUUUAUCAAUUGUUGCGUCGUCGAAGAGAUCUUUGAAAGGUUUUUGGCGAAUGAAUCCGUCCUUGAUCUGAUUCUAAAACAGAGAGAAACUCUCGAGGAGCAAGAUUAUUGGGACAGUGUUGUGUCUCUCCUGGUGGAAAUUGAUCGUGAUUAUGAAACUUCUUUCAAUGCCGAAGAAAGUCCUGAGCAACCAGAGAUUUCUAUCUGCUUACCAAAACUUGAAAUGACAGAGGUAAACAAUGAAGAAGAGGAAGGAUGGAAUGAGGACGACAGCGAUCUCGACCUUCCUGACGAUGAUGAGAUGUUGGAGGGUCAGGAAGAGGACUUCGAAGAAAAGGAUAAAUCUUAUCAUGAAAUGGAAACGGCUGAUGCUGUUCCAUUAGAUCAAGAAGUUGACCUGAAUGUGGAACACCAAAAUAUCGCAGCGGAAUGCGAAUCAUCAAAACGAAUAUCCGAAGAAGAGGAAGACGAGAAUGAGGGGUGGAACAACGGCGAAGAAAGUGAUCUCGAUUUACCAGAUGAGAACGAAGAACUCCCGGAGUCUGAAAUAAAUCUCGCAGAAGAGAGAUCAGAGGGAGAAAGUCAAGCACCAUCAGAUGAAAAAGAAUCUGAAAACGUCCAAGAAAGGCUGCCUUCGGAAGAGAAUGAUCAAUCUAAAGAAGUAAUACCAGAAGAAAAUCAGUCAACAGGGCGACCGGAUUGGAAUGAAGAUGAGAGCGAUAUCGAGCUUCCUUCAGAUCACGAAGAUGAUCAAACUCCACCUCUAUCGGACUUGCAAACUGAAAAUGUCGUAGCUUUUCAAGAUGAUGCCACGGAAAAUCAGGAGCAUCCAGCUUGCCAUGAAGAGGACCAAAAUCUUCCUGUUUCCACUGAAGACGAAAAGUUGACAGAGAAAACUGGAUGGGAAAACGAGGAAAGAAACAUCGAUCUUCCUUCGGAUAAGAAGAGUGAGCAUCACUCACUUUUGCCAGAAGACCCUGUUCAGAUGAAAUCAGACAUCCAGGAUGAAACCAAGGAGAUUGAGCCCAUGGAUAAGCCAAGCAGUGAUAAAUAUUGCAAUAAAGAUCAAGAUGAAUCAAGUACUGAAGACGUUCCAAUGACUGAUGAUCAAGAGGCUGUUGAGUCAGAAACUGGCUGGGCGAAUGAAGAGAGUGAUAUCGAUCUACCAUCCGAUUCUGAGGUCGGGGAAAUUACAGAUAGCCUUCCCGAAACUGUCCCUGUCUCCUCAGACUUUUCUUCCGUGCCAGUUAUGGAAAUUGUCGAAAGAUCAGCAUCUGAGGUCUCCUCUGAGAAUGCUGGUUGGAAUAAUAAUGAAAGUGAUCUCGAGAUCCCUUCUGAUUCCGAGGAUGAAUCUCAAGCUACUAUUCCGGACACUCUGAUAGACGAACUCCCAGUAACGAAGUCUGAACAGCCUCCUAAAGAUAGCGAAGUUGAUCUCCCAUCAGAUGAUGUACAAGAUGAGCACGACGCGAGUAUAUGCAUAGAUGAAAAAUCCGCUGUCACAGAGGAUCAGCUACCCGUGAAAACAAAUGACCGCCCAUCAAUCACUCCCGUAUCUGAUUCAAGCUCCAACCAAGGGUGGGACAACGAAGAAAGCGAUCUAGAUCUUCCAUCUGAUGACGAAGAUGAGUGUCAGAGUCCUCGUGAAGCCGAAAUCGUCAGCAAAACUGAUGACAUCAAAGAUGAAGAAAAGUCUGGUUGGGAUAAUGACGAAGAAAGCGACCUGGAUCUACCGUCUGGUGAUGAAGGCGACUCUCAAAUUGCUUUAGCAGAAGCACCAGUUAUUGGAAACGCGCAUUCCGAGAUAUUAUCACAAAGUUUGGUGUCAGCCGAAAGAGAUGACGUUGAAAAAGAAGGCUGGCAACAUGACGACGAAAGCGAUCUGGAUCUCCCAUCAGAUUCAGAUGUUGAUGACGGAGGGCCUGAAGUUAAAUCGCCAAGUCCUGAAGGCUGGGGCGAAGACGGCAGCGAUUUGGAUCUCGGGUCAAAUGAGCCUCCCUCCCCUUCACCUGAUGAUAAUAAAUCUCCAGAGCCAGAAGGAUGGAAUCAAGAAAAUGACCUCGAUCUUGAUGAAGACAAUUCAGAUGAGGAAAAUGAGGGUUGGGAAGAUGAUGAUUUGGAUAUUGAAGACGAUGAAGUGGAAGAGCAACAAAAUACCCAAGACUUGGAAGGACUUAUUAAACAUGGCGACAGAAGUAUCGAUGAAUUUCCCCGUGGGCAACUUUCUCCGGAGCUUUUACGGCAAGCAAAGACUGAUAAUUUUUCCGUUCUAAAGCCAUUUACGCAAAUUCUUGAGCAAAUUUCGCAGUUCCUGACAAAGAAAAAUCUCAAGAGACUUACUGACGAAAUGAGCGUCGCGGAGCCCGAUUGGAAUUCACCGUCCGCGCUUUUGACGCUUUUUGCAAUCAUAAUUCAUAAAUUCAAUAUUGUGGAAGAGGCUUUCCGAUUCUCGUCAAAUACGUCAGAUGCACUCAAGCGGGCAGUUGUUAUUGAAUCGAAUAAGAAACGUACUACUAAUGUAACGAAUCCUACACCCGAUUCGGUUCUUUUUACCGUCGGGAAGAUACGAAAAUUGGCGGCAAUGCUUGACGCCUCACAAUAUCCACCACUUCCGCAGAAUUUAAGUCAUUUAUCAUACGAAGAAUUUAUCCUUUCCCAAACCCCAAAAGCGGUUGAAAAACUCGACCAAACUCUUUCGAAGGGACUGAUCGUUGUCAAAAAUUAUUUCAUUUGGAAGGAAAGAGAGGAUUAUUUCUGGGCCUGGAUCAUGCAAUCCGUCAACUACGAUCACUUCAAUCGCUCAACUUUCGCUGGAAAUCCACGAGUACAUGACGAUGCUAAGUUCCAGUGGGCAAGGACAGAAAAGCUUUUAGGUGCAUUUGAAAAGGUACCAGCGCCGAAGUUCAAACCAGAUCGACUAAAAGCCACAACGCAAUUGAGCCUUGCCAUGUCUCUCCAACUCAGCAAGGCAUCAAAUCAAAUCCCAACAUCUUCAAAAAAGCUUCAAGACGAAAUUCAGCAACUUGAAAAAGAUGCACAAAAAGUGCUAAAUCAGAAAGUCAAAAAACUGCCCAAAGAUAUCAUUCCUGUUUUUUAA